AUGGAAAAUAAAAGAAGAAAAGUAAAAAGACGGGGAAAAAAUCAGGUUCACUACCACGUUUUCGGUUUUGGCUCCGAUAUGAAAAUAGCUACGACAGGCUGCCUGAGUCCGAUGAUUCUUUCAUCGCUCCAUGAAGAACGCUCGGAAAUGUUGAAGAGUGGAACUAUGGGAAUCAUUGUUUUUGGAGAAAAUCACUUGACUAACCUGACGAUGGCAUCAUUUACCUCAAGACUCGCUUUCUCCCAUUUUCCCCAUAAGCCCCCGAACAUCCGAAAUUCUCGAAAACUGCUCGCCAGCGCAAAUUCCAAACGCUUUAGAUGCUUCAAUUCAAGCGCCCCCCAAUGGGAACCCGCCCCCAUAUCCUACGCACUCGGACACCAAGACACACUCAUCUUUGAAACCUUAAACUCCCCAAACGAACCUCCCGAGACCUCGAUCGCCACAAAAACCGAACACCUCACUUCCAAAAACCUCCAUUAG